CAGUCAAGGUCCAAUCCGUUAAGAGCAAAAUGGCGGGAUUUCAGAGCUGCCGAUAAUCGGCGAAAUCGUGUCGAAAUUGGCCAUAGAUUAUCAGGGAUCACGCGUCAAGAAUAUUCCGCACAACUCGAUUAAUCCCAUUUGGAUUCGAAAUGCGUCGUUUCAUAAUUGAGAACCGAAGGGAGCCCAUCGAGUACUCAUAAAGAAAUUAACACGAAGUGUAAUUGAGUGAUUGAUGCUUGAGAAAUCGUUUAGACUUCUCGCCGUUAAAACGUUCGCUUCCGACUGAUUAUAGAGAGUGUUUUAUGAAGUAUAUUUUAUACGUCGAUUUUUUUUUUUUUAAUAGAAGUGCUUUUUAUCUUUCCAAGAUGUUCACAUCAGGUACAGCUAUGUGGUGGAUCAGCAACCGAUUGGUAGACUGUUGUUCAGGCAAUUUUGCCAGGACAAGAAACCAUCCUACCAUCGGUACAAUCUCUUUCUGGACGCCAUCGAGAAAUACGAGAUCGAGAUGGAUGAGAAUCGGACCGAGCUGGCCAAGGACCUGUUCGAGCAAUACCUGAAGAGAGAGGGCUCAGAGGUCGUCGACAUCCUAAACGAUUCUUUGAUCGCCCAGUGUGAGGAGAGGCUCAGCACUGGCGGCAAGGAGCUCUUUGUGGAGAUCGCGCAGACCGUGAAAAACUUCCUCGCCGGCGAGCCUUUUUCAGCUUUCCAAACCAGCUUUUAUUUCUAUAGGUAUCUUCAAUGGAAGUGGCUGGAGGCCCAACCAGUCACGUACAAGACCUUUCGCAUGUACAGAGUGUUGGGAAAGGGUGGGUUUGGCGAGGUAUGCGCUUGUCAAGUACGAGCAACAGGAAAAAUGUAUGCGUGCAAGAAAUUGGAGAAAAAACGGAUCAAAAAACGAAAGGGGGAAGCCAUGGUACUCAUAGAGAAGAAUAUAUUGCAAAAGAUCAACUCUAAAUUCGUCGUGUCCUUAGCGUAUGCCUAUGAGACCAAGGAUGCAUUGUGUCUAGUUCUGACAAUUAUGAACGGUGGAGAUUUGAAGUUUCACAUUUAUAACAUGGGCGGUGAGCCUGGUUUCGACAUCAAUCGUGCCAGGUUCUAUGCAGCCGAGGUGGUCUGUGGCCUGGAGCAUUUGCAUUUACAAGGAAUAGUUUAUAGAGAUUGUAAACCAGAGAAUAUUCUGCUAGAUGAUCAUGGCCAUGUAAGAAUAUCUGAUCUUGGUCUGGCUGUGGAGAUAACAGAGGGCGACAUGGUGACAGGAAGAGUUGGUACAGUUGGAUAUAUGGCACCAGAGGUGAUUGACAAUGAGAAGUAUACAUUUUCACCUGAUUGGUUCAGUUUUGGAUGUCUUCUGUACGAGAUGAUAGAGGGUCAAGCUCCGUUUCGUGCAAGGAAGGAAAAGGUGAAGCGGGAAGAAGUGGACAGGAGGGUAAAAGAAGAUCAAGAAAGGUAUUCCGCUAAGUUUACCGAGGAGGCGAAGAGUUUGUGUCAGCAAUUAUUAAAAAAGAGCCCGAAGAACAGACUGGGUUGCAAAUGCGGUAGACACGGCGCCAAGGAAGUAAAGUUGCAUAACUUCUUUCAGUGUUUAAACUGGAAGAGGGUCGAGGCCGGUAUGUGGGAACCGCCGUUUGUGCCGGAUCCUCAUGCGGUGUAUGCUAAAGAUGUAUUGGACAUUGAGCAAUUUUCUACAGUGAAAGGUGUCAAUUUGGAUGCCACCGAUGAUACCUUCUAUAGCAAAUUCAAUACUGGUAGCGUGUCUAUCCCAUGGCAGAACGAGAUGAUAGAGACUGAGUGUUUUAAGGAACUGAACGUGUUAGGUCCUAACAAUACACCUACUCCUGAUCUAUUGAUCAACCAUCCACCACCAAAUAACGAAAAUAGAGGCUGCUUCCCAUUUCGAAGACAGAAAAAGCAAAGUGCUCGUACAAGACAGAUACCAUUAUCAGAGUGUCAUCUACUGGAAUUGUCGCAGAGCCAAAACUCGGAGAUGCCAGCCAGCUGAUCCAAGGUGAAUGCAAAUAGUGUAAAUCAACCGACAUCGUCGUCUAUGCGACGUCGUCGUUGCGGACGACGUCGACGAGCUCUCAGAUGCUGCCCGAAGCUGCUUUGAAACAGGAAAAACAACAAAAAAUGAUGCCUGACUGAACUCCGCAACUUUGGCGCCGAUUUUUGGUGUACAAUCUCAUGAGAUUCACACUCAUCUAUAAGAGGGCUAGCUGAGAAGAGGCAUUUUCAGCACCAGAAGCACAUGACACAUGUUUUCUCAGGUUUCUCGGAGCAAGAAGCGACGAAUACGUUGAUACUUGCGAGAAUGAUACGUUCAAAUACGUUUGUAAUAAGAGUAACAUAGAACAUAGCGCCUCCUAAUCUUAAAAAUCCAAGAGAAAUGUUGCUCUUGUUGCAAAGAAAUAGUGGAUGCAACUGUAGUUAUUACAUCGAAAUAUGAAAUUCUUUAUGAAUGAAAUUAAUCGCAAAAUAUAUUUAUUUUUGCGUGUGCAGCGCUUGAUAUUUAUUUUUUAUUGAAUUAAAAUGCAAUAGUAGAUAUUUAUGGAA